UCUCUUGCCCAAAUAUAAUAGACUGCUGGCAGCAAGUCUCUUCUCACAGAGUCAGACGAACGUUGAUCUGUGAACGCAAACGCGAAGGAGCAGUAUGGACGAAAUGGGGUCCAAAUGUGCGCGUCUCGCCCCUUAAUCCCUGCCUGACUUCGAGAGAUAAAUAGGCUAUCGGCAGUAAACAAUAUAAUGAAGGCUUUUGUUAGCCAGCAAAGUACAGAGUCCAGUUGCCAGAGCUCUGCACCAUCGACAGCAAGAUCGUCAUGUUCGUUGACUUCAAAUGAGACAGGAGAAAGUUAUUGGAUAAGGGAGGAAGACAACCGUGAAGAAAAUGCCUCGUCUUUUAGUAGUCUAGGGUUGAACUCACCACAGCUUGUCCACCUAACUAAAGCAAGAGCAAAGGCUCCAAGAACCCACAGACCAAGGAAAAACAGAUCAAGCAAAGCAAGUAAAAAAGAUAAGACUGAAAGCACCUUUGCUUCAUGUACCAAGGACAACGUUAGGAAUUUAAGAGCACGAUUUGAACAAAUGUGAGAUUGAAUAAGUUUACACAACAGAAUUCAUAAAAAAACCAGUUUAUUUCGAGAACAAAAUAUAGAGUUGUCUUUAUACAAUUUAUCACUAGUGACUUCAUGUAAUACAUAGACAAAGCAUACUACGUAUUAACACGAAUUCAGUGUCAAUCCGCUUGUGUUGUAGUAAAUUAUUGAAUUUUUUGAACGCCUUUGACUGUUUUACCUAACGCAAUUGGUCUUAAAAAAACAAAUCGCUCGAAAAGGUGUCACGAGAAACGAAGUUGAAUACCAUAGCCUGAGAUUGUCAACUUUGUUUCGCAAAAUCCAAAAUACCGUUACUACAAUAACUUUGUCGCUGUUUAAAAUUUUUGGCAUAGCAGUGCCAACAAUGCUGCGAGGAGAUGGACGAGGGAAUGUCGCGAACGCGCAAAGCAAAAGGCCAUUUCCGAGUUGCAUUUUGUUAUGUGUCAAAACGAGUCUUAAUGCAAAAAUAUUCAUUUGGAAAUGUGUUUCCCCUACAGGUUUUUUUAAUGCUAAUCAAACUCAUUUUCAUAUAAAAGGUUUUGCACCAGGACUCGUUCUAAAGCAGAGACACAAGGUAAGUCGGAAAUGACCAAUUCCAGACAAAAACAUUUUUCAAAUGUUUAAAGUAACUCUCCAACUGAGGGAAGCCCCAAAAUUAAAGGUUUCUACAAGAGAGAAAAACGUCAACGAAACAACAAUGAACUGAACUUAAACACGGGGGGUUAUGACCGUAAAAGACUAAGGCUUAAGAGAGACAAAGUAUUUGAAUUUUUUUCAAGCUUAGCCCUUUGUGACAUAGCUCCCUUAAAACAUUCUGAAAUUAGAUCGAAGGACUUUGCAAGAAUGGAUACAAAGAUCGUAUUUCAACUUUAAGGAAAUGAACUUCAGUGACACGAGGUAUAGGGUUCAGUGCGCUCUUAUCAUAUUAAUAAGCAUCUUAACGUAUUUCUAUAUGUACUACAUUUCUUUACGUUAGAGUUUUCAAAAUUGUUCCAUUUUCUAUAUCCUACCAUAAAUUUACAUUUUAUGUAUACAUUCAACUUCAGCUAGAAAUCUAAUGAAUUUCUCUUCAAUUCAAAAUAUCAUCUAAUACUAACGUUUCGUUAGAGAAUGGGUCA